AUGGCGGAAGGUGGGAGUGGGUUUGGCAGACGGAGCCCAGACGUCCGCCUCCUCAGCGCCCGAUUCGUCCUCCUCCUCCGUCGCCGCCGAACAACCAGGCUAGGGAUCCGAUCCAAUAGUGAUGGCAGGACCCCGGCAGAAGGCAGGGAGCGCCUCGUCCUCCUCCUCCGCCCCGUCCGCAGCAGCAGCAAACACCGCCCCAGCAACCUCAACAACCACAACCUCCACCGCGGAGAGUACCUCAACAGGGGCGUGUGCAAGUGGAAGUCAGAGCAUCCGGUUGCAACUUUUGUGGGGAGUGCUAGUCUAGGACUUGGAUUCUAUCACCUUGAGGUGCCCAGUGUUGAAUCGACCCAAUGGCUCGAUCUUACCAAUUGUGGGGUUGUUCGAGUGAAAACUGGUCAGAUCACCUUGGCUGAGUUAGAGGUAGAGUUGUCUGAUAUUUACAUCAGAGAUUGGCCUUGGCAGAUAAGGGAGCUGGAACCUGGAAGAUUUCUGGUUAGGUUUCCUCCUCAUAAGAGGGUCAGUGAUAUCAAAAACUACCCAUCCUUCAAUCUGAGAAAGGAAGGAGUGCAGGUUGAGGUCCUUGAGUGGAUUGGAGAUCUGGAACCACAUAGUGAACUAGAAGAGGUCUGGGUUGAGAUGAGGGGCAUACCACCAAGGUAUCACCACUGGAAGGUGUUUGCACAAAUUGCUUCUGGCUUUGGCUUGCUAACUGAUGUGGACUGGUCUACUGUGUUUAAGACCUUCUAUGAGGUAGUCAGAGUUAAGGUGGCAUGCAAAGGCUGGAAAAAGAUUCCAAGACAGAGGUUGUAUGAAAUGGGUAUGAAGCUUUAUGUGGUGGAGCUGACUGUAGAAAAUGAGGAAGAAGACACUAAAGCUGCAAAUGGGAAGGGCAAUGAUGAUGAUGAUGGUGGGGGUGAUAAUGGUGAUCAAGAUAAUGAUGAGGAGGCUGAUGAUUUGGAUGACUCAAAUGAUGACUUUAUGAAGACAAGCAAACCUGUAGAGGAAAUCAAAGAACAGACUCCAAAGAACACUACACAGAAGAACACUGGAUACAAGACUGUGAGCUUGGAUAUGAUCAGUGAUGAGGAGACCGGAAAAGUGGUCCUACAACCCAGCUACUUUGAUGUAGCUCAAGUACUAGAGGGGAAUGUCAAUCAAUCUGUUGGGUCUACUUCUUUGAAGGAGUCUAGUCCCAAGAUACAUAAUAUAGAGAUAACUGAAUGUGAAGGGACGAAUAAACCUGCUACAGAAAAGGCUAAGAGCACCCUUGAGGGUGGAUCUGGGGUUAAUAGCUGGAGGACCCCUGAGAUAAAUCAAGCGCAAAAAUCUGACUAUCAUAUAGUGGGGAACAAAUUUUACAGUUUGGUCAAUGAGGAAUCACACCACUCAAAGUUGGAAGAAUUCAGAUAA